CUGAGCUGUGGUUGGUUGGUUCGGGCAGCAGCUCGUCGUUACGAACAAGCUGUAGCAACGCUGUAGCAACGCAGUAGUAUCGACCGGACAGGCUCAGAACAGCACGAUUCUUCAAACCUAGAGAAAUGAUGGCGGUGAAUGUAUUCUCCAUCUCUUCGGCUCUGGAGAACCUGAGUCGUCAUGAGAUGCUGUCCUGGGUCAACGACUCUCUACGGCUCACCUACACCAAGAUAGAACAACUGUGUUCCGGUGCAGUGUAUUGUCAGUUCAUGGACAUGCUGUUCCCUGGCUGUGUCCUGCUGAAGAAGGUGAAGUUCGCAGCCCGGCUGGAACAUGAGUUCAUCAAAAACUUCAAGGUCCUACAGGCCUCCUUCAAGAGAAUGGGCGUAGACAAGAUCAUCCCAGUAGAGAGGCUGGUGAAGGGGAGGUUCCAGGAUAACUUUGAGUUCAUCCAGUGGUUUAAGAAGUUUUUUGAUGCCAACUACGACGGGAAGGAGUAUGACCCUGUGACCACACGCCAGGAGGGCACCCCCUCACCCAACCCAGGCCCCCAGAGGACGUCUCCCACGGCGACCAAGACAUUCCACGCCCCCCCGAGGCAGAUACAGUCCGCCCCCAUCCGCAGGGCGACGCCCACCAGAGCAUCAGACGCUGAGAUACUAGAACUGAACCAGCAGAUGUUGGACCUGAAGUUGACAGUGGAUGGUCUUGAGAAGGAGAGAGAUUUCUACUUCAGUAAACUGAGAGACAUCGAGCUGAUCUGUCAGGAGAAUGAGACCAACACCAGCCCAACACUCUCCAAGAUCAUGGAUAUACUGUACGCUACUGAGGGCGAGGUUGACCUUCUCAGCCAACUUACCUGAUCAAUAAAGGAUGGCUUUGUGGCGGCAGCGGAUGAGGAGGCGCCACGUGGAACAUUCCUCCGCUCUCUCCCAGGAUCAGCGCUUCAAGAUUCUCAUCUCCUACUCCUAUUUUAUUACUCUCCUUCUCAGCCUCCUCCCUCUUCCUCCCGUCCCUCAUUUUCCCUUGUUCCCCCUCCCUCCUCCCCUCCAACAUGUCAGGCUAACGCUGUACACUUAAUCUGUAUGGUUGGUGUUAGCAGGAUGCUAAUGGCUAAUGUAAAUUAGAUGACAGAGUAGCACAGAUCUAUAGCGCCCUCUAUCUGUAGAGACAGGUAACAACAAACUCACUAAUCUCUGAACCCAUAAAAAUCUGUCAUGAUUGUCUCGGAUGAGGGGAGACUAAACUCCCUCCACAGACUCGCUGGUCCAGUUCAGCAUUAGGGUCCAGUACCAUGUACAUAUGAUCCGGGAGAUCGUUGAAGAAUCACUUCGGAAUUGGACGUCGGGAAAUGCCUUCAGAACCGGCCACUGGGGCAACAGCGAGCGUUAUGACCCUCCAGUAGACUUGGGUUUUACCAUGGCAUUGAGGACAAGGGUGGUAGAUGGGGGUGGUUAACUAACUAAACCCUUCAUUUAAACAUGUUGACGUUUGGGACAACAGCAGAGUGUCAAAAACACUGAACUUAACAUUCUGCAGGUUUUAAAAUUACCCCUGGUUCUAUUUUUCAUUUAAAUGAGUUAUUUAACGUUACUAAUUUAACAUUAGCUUGGAGUGGCUAACAGGUUAAUGUGAAUCUAUUACCCUGAGAAAGUUUAAUAAAAUGUAUAUGAACAAACACUA